GCAAUUAGCUCAUCUGAUUAAUCCGCCCUCCUGCAGAUAAAAAGCCCACCUACUCGCUGCAAUUAGCUCAUCAUCGUCGAAUUCACCUCCACCAUAACACCACCGGAGUCGAGCUUAUCUCCGCCGUCUCCCACCGGGGUGUGUCAUAGUCGUGUCCUCCACGCGAUUUCCCCUCAGAUAAAAACUGCUUUGACUUGCAUAAUGUCUCGUAGUAACCGCAAUGCCAUUGUUGCUGUUGGCUUAGUAGCCUUUGCUGCUGCUGGCUUAGCAUUCCCAUUUUACAUGGCGUCAAGAUCAUCACGUUCAACACCGGUGAUUGAUGCUUCGAAAGCGCUACCUCCACAAGCAACUUUCCGCGGGCCUUAUAUCAAUACUGGCUCGCGUGAUAUUGGACCUGAUCAUAGAACCUACUCUAAGAAUUAAUUUGCCGCACACAAAUUUAUGCACACUGUAAUAUGCGUUUUGGGGCAUUCCGGGUUUCAACAGUACGCCACCGUUUGGAAAUGUGUAUGGAUUUAAACCUUUUUCUUUUUAAAUAUAUAUAUCUUGGUGUGUAUGUUGAAAAGUAAUGACAUGGUUGAUGCCUCCAAGCAACUUUGAUCAAAGAUUGAUUUGGUGAAUGUGUGAAAUUGUCUCAUUGUGCUGUUUAUAUUAAUACAUUCAAAAAAUUAAAUUUAAGAACUCUAA